AUGAUAAGUUGUCUCAGAGGUAUCAUAGGCUCGUCGUCGUCCUCAAAGGAUGGUUCGUCCAACCAAUCACCAAAUGGAUCUGAAUCGACCUUGGUCAAUGAGAAGAGCGAGAAAGUAUCGAUGAUCACCAGUACCCGAACGAGUAUUUCAUCUGCGACAUUAUACACCGAUGUUCAUUUGGUCGGAUCUGAGAAGGAAGGACUUAGCAGUGUUCUAGUACAGGAUGGUCAAGUAAAAUGGAUAGCAGCCGCAGAUGAGAAGAAGGAAUUGCCUGAGAACGUGGAUAGGAUUAAUUUGAAUGGACAAUGGCUGGGUCCAAGUAUGAUCGACUGGCACGUCCACUCCAAGCUUGCCGCUCAAUCUGAACAUCGAGUCCAUCUCAACUCUGUCAAGUCCGCCGAAGGGGUAUUCGCUCGAAUGCGAGAAGCGCUCAGCGACCCAAAAUACGAUCGGGAAGAUCUGAUAGGUGUAGAUAUGAGGAAUGGAUAUUGGCCAGAUAACGAUCAGAUGAAUCGUAUCAACCUAGAUGAGAAAGUCAGUUCGACAAGGCCGAUCUUCUUGUUUUAUAAUGGAUAUCACUCGGUGGUCUGCAAUUCAAUUGGAUUGACAAAAUACGGAGAGAAAGCUGCAGGAUCUGGUAUACUUAAAGAACACGCUGCGUGGCCCUUGACGCAUCAAUUGGGUAAAGUCGACGAUGAGGUUAUGGAUGGUUGGAUUGACAGCUGGGCAAAGGAUGCUGCGUCUUUGGGUGUGACUGAAAUUGUCGAUUUGGAGAUUGACUUCAAUAUUCGUGACUGGCGACGACGAGCUCAGAACGGCUUCAACACUCUCCGAAUCAAUCUGGGGGUCUACGAAAAUCAUUUUGAAGAUGCUAUCAGGCAAGGAUACAAGACUGGUGAUAUCGUUGAUGAAGAUGGCUUGAGAUUGAUCAAGAUUGGUCCAUUUAAGAUGGUCACCGAUGGUGGAUUGGGAUCGCAGACGGCAUGCUGUCAUGAUCCGUACCCUAAUACGACCGAUUAUGGAAUGAUGAAUGAUUCACCUGAAAAGAUUAAACUAUGGACGAGGAAAGCUACGGAGCACGGAUUCAGACUGGCUAUACAUGCUAUAGGUGAUCAAGCGAAUACUUAUUGUCUCAACACAAUGGCUUCCAACCCUAUUCCACCACUCGAAGGAUCAACCAUAGAACAUGCUCAGUUAUUGGUAUUGGAUGAAAUACCUAUAUUCACCAAGUUGGGUCUCAUCGCUUCCGUCCAGCCUGUGCAUCUCGUAGACGAUAGGGAGACAUGUCUGAAAUACUGGCCGGGUAGGGAACAUCGAGCAUGGGCUUUGAAGAGUUUAGCGGACGCUGGUGUUAGAAUAAAAUUCGGAAGUGAUAAUCCGAUAGCAGAGUUGAAUCCGUGGGAAGCUAUGGCUGUAGCGAUCAGUAGAAAAAGGAAAGGUGGAUUACCAUUGAGUGAAGAACAGGCGGUGGGUAUACACACAGCGUGGGUGUCGAGUACUUCGAACGGCCGUGCAAGUAUACAAGCAGGCGAUCGAGCCGAUUUCGUGAUCAUAGACAAAGAUCCAUUGAAAUGCGAUGCGGAUGGUUUGAGAAGCAUAUCUGUACAAGGUACUGUACUAGGUGGACGAUGGACUUAUAGAAAGUAG